AUGAACAGGCAUUCGGCCUUUUCCAAUGGAUAUACCGCUGCCCCCAAGCGGGAGAGCGGUACCUUUUCCAUCUCCCCCCAUAGAUUCCAACCUCGCUCGCAGCCUGCUCUUCGCCGCCGGCGGGCCCUGCUGCAGCGUCUCGUCGUCGUAGGCCUGCUCUCGAUCGGCCUGCUGCUCUUCCUCUUCCCUUCAUGGCGCCCGUCACUGCUCGGAGCAGCCUCGCUCGGCCUCUUCGCAGCCUCAGACGACUUCCAGCUCGAGACCGUCCGCUACUACGACCUGUCGAACGUCGAGGGGACGCCCAGGGGGUGGGAGCGCGAGGAGCGAGUGCUGCUGUGCACCCCCCUUCGAGACGCGGCGCCUCACCUGCCCAUGUUCUUCUCGCAUCUGCGCAACUUCACCUACCCUCACCACCUCAUCGACCUGGCCUUCCUGGUCUCGGACUCGAAGGACGACACCUCGGGCCUGCUGACGAAGCUGCUGGAGGAGCUGCAGAACGACCCGGACCCGCGGCAGCCGUACGGCGAGAUCUCGGUCAUCGAGAAGGACUUUGGACAGAAGGUCAACCAGGACGUCGAGAGCAGACACGGCUUUGCGGCCCAGGCCUCGAGACGGAAGCUCAUGGCCCAGGCGAGGAACUGGUUGCUGAGUGCUACGCUGCGGCCGACGCAUAGCUGGGUCUACUGGCGAGACGCUGACGUUGAAACCGCCCCGUUUACCAUCCUCGAGGACCUCAUGCGGCAUAACAAGGACGUCAUCGUCCCUAAUGUCUGGAGACCGCUGCCAGACUGGCUGGGUGGAGAGCAGCCGUACGAUCUGAACUCGUGGCAGGAGUCCGAGACCGCCCUGGCUCUAGCUGAUACACUGGAUGAAGACGCCGUCAUUGUCGAGGGUUACGCCGAGUACGCUACCUGGAGACCUCAUCUGGCUUACCUGCGAGACCCCUUUGGCGACCCGGACAUGGAGAUGGAGAUCGACGGAGUCGGCGGUGUCAGUAUCCUGGCCAAGGCAAAGGUCUUCCGAGCAGGAGUCCAUUUCCCUGCCUUUUCCUUUGAGAAGCACGCCGAAACAGAGGCUUUUGGAAAGAUGUCGAAACGCAUGAAAUUCUCCGUCGUUGGCCUGCCGCACUACACGAUCUGGCAUCUGUACGAGCCCAGCGUCGACGACCUGCGCCACAUGAAGGAGAUGGAGCGAGAACGCAAGCAGCGAGAGGCAGAAGAGAAGGAGAAGAAGGAGAAGGCGAAGAAGAUCAAGGAGCAGUUCAAGGACUCCAGCGUCGAGUCUGAGAAGGACAGCGCCGCCGUACACGACAUCAUGCAGAAGGACAAGACUCAGCAGCAGCUGAAGGAAAAGGAGAAGAAGCAGCAGCAGGACAAAGACAAGGCCUCGAAGCAGUCCAUCGGCAAGACAGACAGCUCAGACAAGACGGACAAAACCGACAAAACUGACAAGACGGACAAGACGGACGGCAAGAAAGAAGUCAAGAAGGAUGUGAAAGAGGUCAAGGACGAGGCCAAAGAAUUAGCUGCUAAACCGGACGGCAAGGCCCAGGUUCAACGGACCAACGACCAGAAGACAUCAGACAAGCAGAAGCCCAGAGACAAGGCCAGAGAGGCGUCGAGAGGCGAGAAGAAGGCUGAAUGA